ACUGAACAUGAAAGCUAAAGUUCGGGGAAUUGUAACACAAGGUAGAUGGAGAAAUGUAACACUAGAUGGAUGCUGUGAUGAAAGAGUGACCAGCUUUAAGAUAAACUGGAGUGACGACUGCGACAUUGCAUGGGUCUUCACAGCGGCUGACAAUGCAAGGGUGUUUGAAGCAAACGUAAUACCGGAUGCUGGAAACGAAGUUGUUGUGAAUUUGUUUCUCGAGCCUGUAGUCGGCAAAUGUUUUGCUCUCUAUGUCGAAAAUUUUAAUAUUAAGCCCGUUCUCCGCUGGGAUGUCAUUGGAUGUGAAAUAUGAGGAAACACGAUCUUAUCAACACACGAGCAAUUAUCAACAUUUUUGACCGCUUGAGAAUGAAAUGAAGCAAUUACUUUUUUCUUGUAUUACGAUCAAGGCCUUCGAGUGGUAGACAUUGGCCAAACUUAAUUGGUCUUCAGUAGUAAAGAAAGAAGAAAUUUCGAUGCUACAGCAAAAGAUAGCUAAAAUGUGAAAAAUUGAAUGUAAGUUUGUCUUUCUUCAUUAAAUUUAUCAAACUCGUUGAAUAAAUCGGUAUAGCCUCGCGUUUUUUUUUCAACGACUUUGGUGAAUUCAGUAUGAGUACACUCUUGUAAUAUCCAUUAUUUAUUUCAUACUUUUUUGAAGUUGAAUUGAAAUAUAUAUUGUUACAUAGAUAAUAUUAUAUAUAUUGUUUUUAUAUAAAUCUUGAACUUGUUCAUCAUGUUCAUAGGCUUUAACCUGUAUGGAAGGGUUAAUUUUGCAGUGAAGUAACGAUAUGCUGGACCACUUUACUAAAGUAUAUUCCAAGUGGCCCAAUGGAAUGCACCAUGGACUGGACUACUUUACCAUUGAUUAUUCAUCUGUAAUGUUUAUGAAUGGAACUAUGUUAUAUAACGUAUAUUUUGAAUGUUGUUAGGAUUAUAAUUUUCAUAAGUAUACCUAUAACUCUGGCAGCGGCUAAACCCACACCCGAAAACAACUACUGCAUUUGAAAACAACGAAGUGUGUGGGACAGAGUAAAUUAUUGUAGUUUAUAUUGGUGUAAAUAUAUUUAUUUAUAUAUGUGUAGACAGAUUUUGUUUGGUGUAUUUUGAUAUAAAAAGUGUUUUCGGGAA